UGCUUUCUCCCUCUAACUAGGCUACAACCUCCUUUCUUUCUCUUUAAGAAGAACAAGUUUUCAAAAUGGCAACCUUUCUAGUAGUAUUAACUUUGCUAGCAAUAUUAGUCGGCGCCGAAGAUGGACUAAAGGUCAAAAUCACCAUACUUGAAAACGCCAUAGCAGAAGGCGCUGUAUGCCUAGAUGGGAGCCCACCCGCUUAUUAUCUUGAUAAAGGAUUUGAUAGCGGACUUCCCAACUGGAUUAUCAUGCUUGAUGGCGGCGGGUGGUGUUCUACCAUCAUUGAGUGCCAAAAUCGUUCAACUUCAAAAAUUGGUUCUUCCACGGAAAUGGACAAACAUUCUACGUUUACUGGGGUACUUCAUAACACUCCCCAGCAAAAUCCAGACUUUUACAACUGGAACAGGGUGAGGGUGGGUUACUGUGAUGGAUCAUCUUUUACGGGCGAUGUCCAAGAAGUUGAUCCAGAGAACAAGCUUUUCUAUAGAGGGGCGAGAAUAUUUAAAGCAGUUAUGGAAGAUUUGUGGAUCAAAGGAAUGCAAAAUGCUAAAAAUGUGAGAUCGAUCAUAUAUUACACGACACCUACUAUACAUUAUUAUACUUUUCAGUAACGCAAAAUAAAAAAUAAAAACGCCGGAGGGUUGGCUACAAUCUUGAACUGCGACAAGUUCAAGUCCUUCUUUCCCGAUGAUGUCAAAGUAAAGUGCGUUGCAAACGCAGGCUUCUUCAUCAAUGCGUGAGCUCUUCUUCCUCGUCUUAUUAAUUUAUGUGUGUAUGCUAUUUGGAACUCAAGCGUGUUAGGAUUAUUUU